UUUCAAUUUAUCUUGAACUUGAUAAGACUUUCAGUACUCGUACCUUUUCAUUCAGACCCACAACCAUUCCACGGAUCCUGGGAAAUAUUUUGGCGUUGGCAAAACUGGGGUUUUCUGUAUUGUCUUUCAAAUCCUGUUGGUUUGUGCAUGAUUGCUUAUGGAGAUAGGGUAGUAAUUCCAUGCUGAAACAUUGGGUCUCUGUCCGUUUCUAUAACUUGCUUCUGUGAAUAUGGAGGAAUAUGUUACAGUUUUUUUGCAGGCUGACCUUUUGCAGGGAUAUGUUAUUUCUGCUCGCACUCCUUAAUUGAUGCUUAGGUUUCUUUUCGACGAUGGGUGAUAUCAAGGUGUAAAAUAUAGGAGCUACGUUGCUAAGAGAACAUAUGACUUCAGAUAUAUGGGCUAUCAUAUACACGAUGAUAACCCAAAAAGUAUUUAGUAGAUUCAAAGUGUAAGACGGGGUUAUGAUGCAAAUUACGAUGUAUUAUCAUUGCUCUACUUUACAUUUCUACAUUUUCCAAUCACGAGAUGAUGAUCUAGCUUUGAUACUACAUUAAAGCCAUAAAACCCAAGAACUUCAGGGUCCAAGUGAUUGUAUCAUGCUUGGGCAACAUAUCAGAAUCUUUUUGUAUAAUUCCGAACUCGUAGAUAGUCUUAAUCUAAUUGCCAUAUGAGACAAAUUUAGUUGAUUUUCAUCUCAUCUAAGAUGACUUAACGCUUAUCAUUUGAUUGGAUUAUAAAUGAGAAAGCAUUAACGUUUUUCUCAUAAAAAAUAUUAUUGAUGUAAAAAGGCGAACCUCAUAUCUGCAUUUGCAAUAGUGAAACUCAAAGCCUGGACUGCAGAACUAAUUGCAAGUUUCCAGUUGUCAUUUUGUGGAGUAACAAGGUCUUUGUGAAAGACGAUGUCUCUUCUCAGUAAAGACAUCGACUCAGCAUUCGUGGGUGCAGGAUCAAAGGCGGGUUUAGAGAUCUGGUGUAUUGAGAACCUUCGGCUGGUUCGCGUCCCAAAAUCUUCUCAUGGAAAGUUUUAUGCUGGAAAUGCAUAUGUAGUUUUGAAUACAAUUUUGCGCAAAAACGGCCCUCCUCAGCAUGACGUGCAUUAUUGGCUGGGAAAUGAUACAAAGGAGGUGGACUUAGCAAUGGCAUCUGACAAGGCACUCGAAUUGGAUGCUUCUCUUGGGUCCUGCACUGUCCAAUAUAAGGAGCUUCAAGGCCUGGAAACGGAAAAGUUUUUGUCAUACUUCAAACCUUGUAUUAUACCUCUUGAAGGAGCAUACUCUUCGCAAGAAGCGCACUUAAAUGGUGAUACAUACAAAGUUAGCUUGUUAACUUGCAAGGGAGACCGUGUUGUUCACAUUAAAGAAGUGCCUUUUUCUAGGUCAUCUUUGAACCAUGAUGAUGUAUUCAUUCUUGACACUGCAUCAAAAGUUUUCCUCUUCAGCGGGUGCAACUCUACCAUACAAGAAAGGGCUAAAGGUUUGGAGGUUGUUCAGUAUAUCCAAGAGAAUAAGCAUGGCGGAAAAUGUGAGGUGGCGACUAUAGAGGAUGGAAAGUUUGUCGGUGAUUCUGAUGUGGGUGAAUUCUGGAGUUUAUUUGGUGGUUUUGCUCCCAUUCCUCGGGAUUCUCCUUCUUCUUUCCAGAAACAGUCUGAUACUCCUUCUGUGAAACUAUCAUGGAUAACCAUACAGGGCAAACUAUGUCAAACUGGAACAGAUUCAUUGCAUAAGAAAAUGCUUGAGACGGACAAGUGCUACUUGUUGGACUGUGGUGCUGAGGUUUUUGUUUGGAUGGGAAGACACAGUUCGAUUUCAGAACGGAAGAUAUCAAUCUCAGCAGCAGAGGGUUUCCUCAGAGAUCAGAACAGGUCAACUGGGACCCAUUUAACCUUUCUAACUGAAGGAUUAGAAAGUUCCAUAUUUAGGUCAUACUUUGAUGAUUGGCCUCAAAAAGUGGAACCCAAGCUAUAUGAAGAAGGUCGAGGGAAAGUAGCAGCAAUAUUCAAGCAACAGGGUUAUGAUGUGAAAGAACUUCCUGAAGAAGACUGCGAGCCUUUUAUAAAUUGCAGAGGCACCCUAAAAGUUUGGAGGGUAAAUGGUGAUGAGUUAUCCCUUCUUCCAGUUCCAGAACAGACAAAACUCUUCAGUGGAGAUUGCUAUAUAGUGCAGUUUACAUAUGCUGGAAACGAUAGGGAUGAGAAUCUGUUUUUUGCAUGGCUUGGUUGCAGCAGUGUAAUGGAAGAUAGAAAGGCCACCAUCUCCCAUAUGAAUGCAAUUGCUGAUUCAACCAAGGGGGAUCCAGUUUUGGUUCAAGUGGUUGGAGAUAAUGAGCCAGUUCAAUUUUUCUCGAUUAUGCAGAAAUUGAUCAUUUUCAAGGGAGGGAUGAGUAAAGGAUACAAGAAAUUUAUCGCAGAGAAUGGUUUGACAGAUGAAACUUAUGGUGAAAACAAAACAGCUCUUUUCCGAGUUCAAGGGACAAGUCCACACAAUAUGCAAGCCAUCCAACUUGAUCCACUGUUGCAGGUUUCAAGCUCGCUGAACUCAUCCUAUGGUUACAUUCUGCAAACUGAAACAUUUAUCUUCACUUGGAUUGGGAAUCUCUCUUCGACCCAAGACCAUGAUCUCCUUGACAGAAUGCUGGAGCUGAUAGAUCCGACAUGGCAACCCACUUCUGUGAGGGAAGGGAGUGAACCUGAUAUUUUCUGGAAUGCACUUGGUGGGAAGGCAGAGUAUCCAAGGGAAAAAGAGAUGAAAGGAUACACAGAAGAUCCACAUCUAUUUGUGGUGAACGUCAGUGAAGAUGAAUUCAAGGUGAAAGAGAUAUACAAUUUUUCACAGGAUGAUUUAACUACUGAAGACGUAUUAGUGCUGGACUGUCACAGAGAAAUAUAUGUCUGGAUAGGAUGCCACUCAAAUAUUAUAUCAAAGCAACAAGCUCUUACUCUUGGUCUGAAAUUUCUUGAGAUGGACAUUCUCGUUGAAGGGCUAUCUCUGGAGACCCCUAUCUUUAUUGUCACAGAAGGGCAUGAGCCACCGUUUUUCACUCACUUCUUCGAAUGGGAUUCCUCAAAGGCAAAUAUGCGUGGGAACUCAUUUGAGCGGAAGCUUGCUCUUCUGAAGGGAAAACCACAGAAUUUAGAAGUAUCUAGAAGAAACUCAUGGAAGGCAUACUCCAGGGAGACUACACCAGAUAGUUCGAGAAGCCAGUCCGUGAGUUCCAAUGGACAGGGAAGAAGUGUAUCUCCUGCAUCAAGGGUUUCAGGCUCAAAUUCGAUGUCUUCAAGCAAUCAUCUGUUUUCUAGACCAGCCCCAAUUGCCCGGAAGCUCUUUUCAGGAUCUUCUCUUCAUGGUUCUCCAGCAGCAGAGCAAAGGUCACCUUCUCAGAGUGCGAGUUACAUCCAAGUUGAUGGAAGUGGGGAUUGUGUAAGUUUCUCGAUAUAUCCAUAUGAACGGUUGAACGUGAUGUCUAAUGACCCGGUAGCAGACAUAAAUGUGACCAAAAGAGAGGCAUAUUUAUCAGACGAAGAGUUUCAAGGCAAAUUUGGAAUGACAAAAAGAGCUUUCUACGAGCUUCCUAAAUGGAGACAAAACAAGCUCAAGAUGUCUCUUAAUCUAUUUUAGGCAUGCUAUGUUGAGACUAGAACAAGAUGCUGAUUGGAACCAUGGGAAUUUUACAAACCCAAAGGUCAAUGAAUGCCUUACUUUAUGUCCGAUGUAAGCUUGAAUCCCUGUUCUGCAGAGAAAUCCAUGAUUGUACUAUUUGCUC